UUCACAAUCGGUUUUAUUCGAUGCAUCGAAUAGCAUCGUUAAAAUCGAUGUUUGUUUUGCAUAUCUACCUCAAGUUACUAUAUGAAAAAUCAUAAAAAUAAUGGCUGAUCGCUUGACUCAGCUUCAGGACACUGUUAACCAGCAAGCUGAACACUUUUGCAAUGCUGUUGGUAUUAUUCAGCAAACAUCGUAUCCGAGUAAGUUCCCCAAUUUUGACAGAACUGGUUCGCAAACACCCCUACGAAUGACUUCCCAGGAAGAUUAUGCACACCUUUUUGCCCAGUUAAUUUCUAGAUGUGCUAAAGACAUAGACACUCUCAUUGAAUCAUUGCCGAAUGAAGACAGCUCUACCGAGCUGCAACAUCAAAGCCUUAGAAGGUUAGAAAUCGAGAAUCAAGAAUCGGCAAAAAGGCUAGAUGAUGUUGUACAAAACGGGGAGGCAUUGCUGGAUCAAAUACAAAUAGCACUCGAAGAUAUUGCUCAAGCUCAAUUGGAAAUGCAUAUAACGUCUACAGAUUUAUGAUCGGACGAUCUACCACUCGCGCCAUAGAUAAGGGGUCCCAAAUUUUGAAUUUGGUUAUGGUGCAUUUCAUGGUCCCCACCGAAGAAUGAUGCAAAAUAAUCAAACGACGCGUAUUACUGCUGGUGUGGAGCGUGGG